AUGUUUGGAGCGUUUCGAGCUUCGAUGCCUUCGCUGGGCGGGUUGCUGUGGAAGAAUCCAUGGCGUCUAUCAUCUCCGCGCAAGAACCGCGUCCGCAUGCGUCUGCGGGCCGUCGACGAUGUCAUUGCAACCCUGCAACAGUCCAACAUCCAAUGCGCUUCCCUCAACAGAGCCCUCGCAAUCCCGACCGAAUCCCAGAUGCUGCCAAAGGACAAAUACACUACCUUCAGCAAACACGACCGAGGCUUCAGAAAGAGCGUACACAAGGUUCCCAAAUGGACCCGCAAAACCAUCCGCGAAAACCCGGUCGGUUACUAA